AUGCGGCACUUGCUCUACACCUCUGUUGCCGUGGGCCGCCGACCGAUGGCGAGUUUCGGGAUGCGAAAUGCGGCCAUGUCGAGACGCACGGCGAUGAUCCGGCCGAUAUCCUCGGCGGCUCGAAACUCCUCAAGCAGUCGCAAGAUGGUCGUUCUUGCUUUUAUAUGUGCGGGUGGCUUGGCGUACUCGGCUUUUCGUCGAGACAGCAGUUUGAGUCUCCUUGGGAGAAGUAACGCAUCCGCGGGAAACCUCGCUUCCUCUUCCCAGGGUGUCUUCCCUAGCGUCGAGUACUAUAAAUCACUUGAUGACGCGCAAACAGACGUCGACAAGCUUCCGGUAGAGGAAGCCCGACUAACAACGGCGCCCAACGUCCCGCCAGCCAUCACGCGCAAGCAUGCCGUGCUUCUCCGAGUGCCCUUGCAAACCAUCACCUCCCUUUCCCAAGUGACGAAUCAGUACAAGUACGAAGCGUGGACGUUCAACGGCACCACGCCGGGCCCCUUUAUCCGCGCACGAGUCGGCGACGUGGUAGAGCUGUCCCUGACGAACCGCGACGUGACGGGGAAUCCGCACAACAUCGACAGCCAUGCGUUCGCCGGGCCGGGCGGCGGAUCGGCGCUCACCACGGCAGAGGAAAACGAAACAAAAACAGGCCGGUUCAAGCUCCUCUGCCCGGGGCUAUACGUGUACCACUGCGCCGCGGCGCCGGUCCCCGUCCACAUGGCCAACGGCAUGUACGGGCUCAUGUACGUCCAGCCGGAAGAGCAGGACCUGCCCCCCGUCGACAGAGAGUACUACGUCAUGCAGAGCGAGAUAUACCACGAGCCGCCGGGGCUCGACGACGACGGGCGCCCCCUGAACGUCGUCGAGUUCUCGUACCCCCGAGGGCUGCGGGAGGAGCCCAACGCCGUCGUCUUCAACGGCAGGGAGUCUGCCCUCACGAGAGACGCGCCGCUCAAGGCCAGGGUCGGGGAGACGGUGCGCAUCUUCUUUGGCAACGCGGGACCAAAUCUCACCAGCGCCUUCCACGUCAUCGGCAGCCACUUCCUCAACUGCUACCGCGACGGCGAUGUGGUGAGCCCGCCGGCGCGGUUUGUCGGCACGACGAGCGUGCCGCCCGGUGGCACGAGCAUUGUGGACAUGAAGAUGGUUGUCCCGGGCAGCUAUACAAUUGUUGACCAUGCCAUUUUUCGCAUAGACAAGGGUGCUGUUGGGUUCAUCAACGUUUCCGGCCCGCAAAGACCGGAUAUCUAUGUGGGAAGCCUGCCUCCCCAACCUUGUGUUGGUUGCAAGUUGCAUGCUUGA